UUGCCGUCAUCCGUCCCGUUAUCCAAGCUGGAUGUGUCAUUCUAGAACUGAUUUGCGUGCGUAUUUGCUGCGCCUGAGCACCGGCAUCCUGGCAUGAUUUUGAAGCACAAAAAUGAAUCUCGGAUCAAAGUGCACAGCGGCUAUCUUGGCACUUGCAAUUUGUAUGCUCUUCACUAAGUACGAUAGUGACGCAGGUGGUUGAAGGUGAAAAGAUCGCAGCCACCACCGUCUCAUUUCCGAUUUUGCCGGCUUCCGACCAAGUUCUCCCACUCUCGUCUCAAUUCGCACCAUGCAAGUGAGCACGCGCAAAUAUUCUGGCGACGCUGGCGACACGAAGCCGGAGACGGAGGCCGUGUACGGCCACCCGCUCAUGUGCGCGAGUCUGCCCUCGGACGUGUUCCCGCAGCGCUCUGUGCCCCCGCGCGUGGCGCACCAACUCAUUAAGGACGAGUUGGCGCUGGACGGCAACCCCAAGAUGAACCUCGCGUCCUUCGUGACCACGUACAUGGAGCCCGAGGCCGAGGACCUCAUGGUCGAGGGGCUGCGCAAGAACUACAUCGAUCUGGACCAGUACCCGCAGACGGCCGAGAUCCACAACCGCUGCGUGACCAUGUUGGCCAAUCUGUACCACGCGCCGCUGGAGCCCGGCCAAAAGGCCACGGGCACGGGCUGCAUCGGCUCCUCGGAGGCCAUCAUGCUGGCCGGCCUGGCCAUGAAGCGCAAGUGGAAGGACCGCCGUGUCGCCGCCGGCCUGCCGUACGACAAGCCCAACAUGGUCUUCGGCUCGAACGUGCAGGUCUGCUGGCACAAGAUGUGCAAGUACUUCGAGAUCGAAAUCCGCGAGGCUGAUGUGUCCCCGGACUGCCUCGUGCUGACGGCCAAUCGCGCACGUGCCCUGCUCGACGAGAACACCAUCGGCGUCAGCGCCAUUCUGGGCAGCACGUUCAACGGCGAGUACGAGGACGUCAAGGCCAUCCACGACAUGUUGGUAGAAGAGAAUGAGCGCAACGGUUGGAACAUCCCGCUGCACGUGGACGCGGCCAGCGGCGGCUUCAUCGCCCCGUUCCUCAGCCCUGAGCUCGAGUGGGACUUCCGUCUGCCCAACGUUAAGAGCAUCAACGUCAGUGGCCACAAAUUCGGCCUGGUGUACGCCGGCAUGGGCUGGGCAUUGUGGCGUGAGCCCGAAGAUCUCCCGGAAGACCUGGUGUUCCACGUCAACUACUUGGGUGGAGACCAGUCGUCCUUCACUCUCAACUUCUCUAAGGGAGCAGGCAACGUGGUGGCCCAGUACUACAACAUGUUGCGGUUCGGAUUCGAGGGAUACCGUCGUAUUAUGGAGGCCAGUAUGGAGAACGCACAGCUGCUGCGUGGAGCGCUAGUGGCCACGGGUCACUUCCGUAUUGUGGACAAGCAGCACAUGCCUCUAGUGGCGUUUGCACUGAUCGAUUCGUCCCGUUACACGUGCUUCGACAUCCAAGACAAGCUCAAGAGCCGUGGAUGGAUCGUCCCGGCCUACACUUGCUCCAGUGGUGCAGAGUCUCUGGCUAUCAUGCGUGUAGUUGUCAAGCAGAACUUCUCGUCGCACAUGGCCAACAUGUUGGUGCAGGACAUCAUGAAGGCCAUCGAAGUACUGGAGAAACACCACGUCUUGGUGGACACGGCCAUGUCGUCGCCCAAGGCCGAGAAGAAGCACUUCAGGGACAUUGUCCACUCGCUCCAGGCCAACCUCAAGCACCAAAAGUCGGGCCUUACGACGCACGGUGUGUGCUAGAACUGUUCUAGCACACUAUAGCGCCUGCAGACACGCUCAAAGUGCUGCUUCUUUCGCGCAUUUUAGCUGUAGUUUCUACAUGUAGCAGUGAACGACGCGCAGUUCACUUUUCGCAAGGAAAACUAAACAUAACAUGCAAGUAUUCAGUCUUCAU